AUGGACGCCUUUGGAAAAUGUUGGCAUCUCGCGGAAGAUCUGAUUGUCCCUAAGUUGGUUGAAGUGAAUACGGAGACGUCGUUGUGUCGGAAGGAUCCUUUCGUGGACCCCUCAGGUUACUAUACCGAUCCCUGCUGCAACGAGGCACUCUUCAAUGAAAAACCGUGCAGGCCUCAUCGGGCUCCUGGUACGGCAGCGACACUGUCGAAAGUCAACGCCUCCUUAGCCGCAUUAGCUUGUCUCAAGGACGACUCUGGAUCGGCCGAAUACGUCCGAAAGGCUCUACUGAGUGGCGGCGCAGUAGUCCAUAGACACUUGCUCUCGGGAAUUGGAGAAAAUUGCGAAAGCCAGAUGGCUAGAAGCCUCCUCGCUGAUGGUAGAGUUCCUAGUUCGAUCGAAACCUGUAUGGAGGACGUCUAUGGAGCAGAGUUUGAUGGAACUGGUCAGAUCGCGAAUGAGUCGCUGAAGGACGCGGUGUUGACGGCUAUCGAAGAAAUGCUAGGAGAAGCGACAUCUCUGUGA